AUGGCAAGUGCUAAAGAUAACCCGGGGUUAGUUAGCGCAAAUGCGUUGCCUGGUCAUAAGUUUUGUGGUGAAGUGCCGAGCAAGGUCCGCGAUUGGCGUCGACUGUAUUUCUACUUGAAAGUUGACGAAGAUACGAUUUGUGACUUUACUUCUCCUUAUUCUGUGGAAUGGAAUUUAUCUCCUGUUCCGGUGAAGGGGCCCCGUAGGAGUUCGAGGAAAUUUUCUCCGGAUCUCCGAAAGAUCUUAGAGAAAGGAACUUUGUCGUGGCCCGCCAUUCUCUCGCAUUAUCGCACUUGUUCGACGAAUUGCCUUUGGAUGGGUACCUGUCAUAUCCCGAGUUAUGCUGAUGAGUUUGGAGAGGAUGACGUGCCAUGCACCGAUCCUCAGAUUGAGCUUGGGCUGAGGGAGAUGGCUGACGAGCCUCUUCUUUAUCACUCUGCGGGUACCGACUGUGAUGUUCACGUCGUCGAACCAACCGGCGACUCGCGUCGAGCCAGAUCGGCUGAAGUCAACGCUGCUCGUGCUGGGAAGAAAGUCUCGAGGUCGGCGAGUGGUAGCGCGCCUCCUUCGUCUGGGAGCCCGUUGAAUGCUCCUCGGGGAGAUGUUCGUGAGGCGCCUAUUCGAGCGGCUGCUGAGGGCGUUGAUCACUCCUCCUACAGCUACAGCGUUAGGGACCAGAUGCUUUGCACCAACGGAGCUGCGUGUGCCGGUCUUACCAGCAAAAUACGUGGUGAUUUUCCUCAGCUUCCUUCCGUCGGGUCUCUUCUCGGGCAGGAGCUCUACGAAGAUUGGGCUUGUGAGCAAGUCAAGAACAUAAGCAGGACGAAUCACCUUGUCGGCUUUUAUGAGGAGAGGUCGAGGGCAGCGAUGCGGGAGGUUAACUUGACUAGGGCCUCAUUAGAGACCGUAAAAAGGUCUGACCAGAGUCAUCUGAGAAACCUUGGUUCGGAGAAAGGAAAGUCUGGGAUGCUUUCGGAACAGCUCAAGGAGACCAAGGGAAUGCUUACCUCCAAGACGGCUAGGUUGAGGAGGUCUCGUGAGCAGGGGAUCGCGGCCGAGCGUCGGAAGGUUGGAGAAGAGAUCGUAGAAUAUCGUUCUCGCAUCGACAUGUUGAGUAGGCACGUCGUUGGUCUUCGAGCCCAAAAGGAUCCUCUUCUGAUUCUCAGUCAAGUGAAGGGAACCCAAAAGUGCCUGCAAAAGCUUAUCACUGAAGGCAUAUCUCCAUUAGAUAAGAUGGGGAAGCUGACAGCGGAUCGUGCUAAGUGGCAGUCUAUUGCUGACGGUAUCGCAGUUCCUGCAAUUCUCGAAGGCGAUCUUGACUUCUUCCCGGAGUUUAUAUCGGAUUCUUCGAGGAUGCCACCGCCAGCCGAGAGGCAAGGUGCAGAGGAAGCAGAUGGCGCUGAGGGCGGAGGAGGUUAUGUAGGCGGUCUCGGCUUAAUUUUGAGCGAGGGAUCAUUAGCAGUUUCGCUUGGUUCCGGGACAUAUUUAGCGGGGCGAGACGUCUCUCGGCUUACCCUGUUACGUGCUCCUCGGAACGCUAAGCUGAAGGAGCAGACGAAGCGGACUCGUCGUACUAAUUGGGUGGGCUCCGGUGUCCGGCUUAUCCCAUUGGCUGCUUGA